ACGAUAUAAUGCGAGACCCUCAAUGAUUUCUGUCAGCAUUCGAAUCUGGAAGCACCCGUUGAUAAGAUAAAAUGAAGUUCGUCAUCCUACUGGUCCUGUCCGUGGUCAUUUGCAGUGUUGCCACUGAAAGAACCAUCAAGAGAGAGGAAGAUGUGACCCAGGAAGAGUCCGAAGAGGUCGCCAAGAGAUUGUUUUUCAAGAAUUUCGUGAAGAGCCACUGGAAGGAAGCAGCCAGGGCUGGUCUUAAUUUUGCUAGUAAAGCCCUUGCAAAGAGAGGCGAGGAUGUGACCAAGGAAGAGUCCGAAGAGGUCGCCAAGAGGUUGUUUUUCAAGAAUUUCGUGAAGAGCCACUGGAAGGAAGCAGCCAGGGCUGGUCUUAAACUGGCUGGUAAAGCCCUUGAAAAGAGAGGCGAGGAUGUGACCAAGGAAGAGUCCGAAGAGGUCGCCAAGAGGUUGUUUUUCAAGAAUUUCGUGAAGAGCCACUGGAAGGAAGCAGCCAGGGCUGGUCUUAAAUUGGCUAGUAAAGCCCUUGAAAAGAGAGGCGAGGAUGUGACCAAGGAAGAGUCCGAAGAGGUCGCCAAGAGGUUGUUUUUCAAGAAUUUCGUGAAGAGCCACUGGAAGGAAGCAGCCAGGGCUGGUCUUAAUUUGGCUAGUAAAGCCCUUGAAAAGAGAGGCGAGGAUAUGACCAAGAAUUAGAAGGUUAUUGUAAAGGAAAGUAGAAUGGCAGGUGUCAUAUGAAAAAGAUGCGAGUAGGUACUUCCCGUAUUCCUAUGUAAUGGCUAGUCUUCAUUCCAUCUGAAGAUUGAAAUAAAAUCAUCACUGCUUUGA